AAUCGCUUAUUGUAAAGUGUAUGCUCUUCUGAUUGAAUUUUUUUUUAAAAUUCAAUUUAAACUUUAAUAUUAAGUUGCGUGGUUCGCAUUAUUGCUGAAAUGGAAGAAAACAAUGGUAGUGGUUUUGAUGUACUAGAAUUAGAUGAUACAGAAUAUGUUGAUGUAUCUUCCAAAAAAUUUACAACCUCUCGAAAGAAAAUAUGUAGUAAUUGCUCUACUGCGGUGGGCAAUGCAUGUAAGCGAUGCUCCAACUGUGGACAGCUCAUUCCAAAGAGGCCUUCUUCCGUGUCAAUACCACAAUAUUCGACCACGACAAGACAGAAAAUGCUGCUGAUGAAAAGGGCUCAGACUCUUCAUCAGAACCACGGUUAUCAUGUGGUGGUAAUGUAUUAUCACCCAUCAACCACUGGAGGUCCAACCGUCUGGGAUUAUGCUGCAACUCCUGGCCUGGCGACAGAUUUUAUUAGCAGCAGUGGUGUAAAUGGAAAAUCAGCCAGAAACUUGUUUCAAACUGGGAUGAAGAAGUUAUGGCAAGAUAGAAAUGAAGAUAGUCAAUCUACAGAUCUUUCAUCUACGAAUACUAUCCCUGCCUCUACUAUCCCUGCCUCUACUAUCCCCGCCUCUACUAUCCCUGCCUCUACUUCCCCUUCCGUGUCGUUUUCUGUUUCUCCUUCUUUUUCAGCAUCUUCAUCUGUAACUCUUUGUAGCUCUGUUACAACCUCUCUUCCAGUUAGUAGCGCUGCUUCAACAUUCAAUCCUAUAUGCAAAGAUCUUCAUUUUAAUACGAUUUCCGCAACUUUCGAAUCUUCCUUCCUCUCUGCUGCUACAAAUACCAAUACAAAUGUCGUCACUGAUUCUUUUAGCACUAAUCCCACUCUAGCCUCUUCCAGUGGAUGUACCUCGAUCGGCAAUUCUUCAUCUGUUUCAACCUCUUCUUCCUCUUCUUCAAGCUCCUUCGUCGCUACAACAUCUGUGUCUACCAUAUCUAAAACGACUGCCCCAUCUGUCCCUACAGCAACUUUUAGCACAGGAACUGUUGUAGCAUUGGCCAACGAGAAUGGUGUAGUGUGUGGUUUUGGAUGUGUCUCAGGAAUGUCGAAGGUGCAUAAUCGGCCCGUGAAUCCCGGCUACCUAUCUGUCUUUUUUACUAGUGUGGUACCGGGGAAAACAGUUGCUCCACCAUUUCCUGGUCCAUUCGACGAAGAUGUCGUAAGACCUGGCGAGUCUUACAUUUGGCCAGUUGACAGAAUGUUUGUUGCUGGACCAGAUGAUUUUACUCACAAUAUAUAGCUACGUAAAUCUUCUGCAUUUUUUUUCUAUGUGGAUUUUAUUAUUUUCGUAAAGAAACUUCCUUGUAUAUGUAUAUUAUAGUAAAUUUUCUA